AUGGUGGAAGCGUGGUAUAUGGACGAAUCCCCGGACGAUCAACGGAAACCGCACCGACUGGAGCCCAACCACCCGGUUGGCUUGGAGCAACUGCGUCAGCUUGGUGUAUUUUACUGGAAAUUGGAUGCUGACAAAUAUGAGAAUGAUCCUGAAUUAGAAAAGAUCCGAAAAGAGAGAAACUACUCCUGGAUGGACAUAAUAACAAUAUGCAAAGAUAAACUACCAAAUUAUGAAGAAAAGAUUAAAAUGUUUUAUGAAGAACAUUUACACUUGGAUGAUGAAAUUCGCUAUAUCUUGGAUGGGAGUGGAUAUUUUGAUGUAAGAGAUAAAGAGGACAAGUGGAUCCGAAUUUUCAUGGAGAAAGGAGACAUGAUAACACUUCCUGCAGGAAUUUAUCACCGUUUCACACUGGAUGAAAAGAAUUACACAAAGGCAAUGCGACUGUUUGUUGGAGAACCAAUAUGGACGGCAUACAACAGGCCCGCUGACCAUUUUGAUGCUCGAGGACAGUAUAUGAAAUUUUUGGCACAAAUAGCAUAG